CUCGCACCACCUGACCACCACCACUACGCUGUACCCUUUGUAGCUGACUCUGAGAUUCAUGAUGGUUUAGGCCACGUUCAGACACAAUCUGUCCAUUAUCUCCGCGAUUCGGAUCACGCCCGCACUAUGCGUAUGCAUGUGCAUCACCUUGUUGUUUACGGUCUUUAGAUCUUGACGGGGAAGAUGGAAUCGCAGCCUUCCUCUUCGUCGGGAAGGUUCGAAGCUCAAGAAAGUUUCAACGCUAAGAUAUCAAGAACGGUUUCGGAUUCCAACAACCAUAGCCAGAGCUUAGCUUCAAUUCUUAACAAUCCUCAUGGUGGGAAGUCUGACGGCUGGUGGUGGUCUGCCUCGGCGCCUAUCCCAGUCCCUGAAUUUGCCCAACUUCCACCUCCGCCCAAACCCGGAUCUGAUAUCGCCCGACCCGAUUUCGUUCCAUACAUGUCCUCCAUUUCCGACCAGUAUGCCCGUUUCCACGACAUCCAACAACACAGUAAGUUUGAGUCCCUUGAGGGACAGAAAGGUGAGAAUGCGCUUGUUGCCUGCCUACGGGAAGUUCCAGCACUUUACUUUAAGGAGGAUUUUCAAUUGGAGGAGGGUGCCACGUUCAAGGCAGCCUGCCCCUUCAGGACCACGGCCGAGAAUUUGGUGCUGCAAGAGAAGCUCUCACAGUAUUUGGAUGUAGUGGAAUUGCACUUAGUGCGGGAGAUUUCGUUGCGCUCGAGCUCUUUUUUUGAAGCUCAGGGUCAACUGGAGGACCUAAAUGCCAAGAUUGUUGGAGGGUGUAUAAGAUUACGAGAACUUAAGGAGUCCAUACGGCUGCUGGACGGAAAUUUGGUGGGAUCUGCAAGAAAGGUCCAUGAGUUAAAUGAGCAGAGGGGAGACUUGGUUUCUCUCCAUAACAAAUUGAGGCUCAUACUAUAUGUUAAUCAAGCUCUUUCUACUCUAAAGUUGCUUGUUGCGUCUGCAGAUUGUGCUGGAGCUUUAGAUGUAACUGAUGAUUUGCAGCAUUUGUUGGAUGAGGAUGCAUUGGCUGGUCUCCACUGCUUCCGCCACCUUCGUGAUCAACUAGCUGCUUCAAUUGACUCCAUUAACAGCAGAAUUUAUGUGUACGUCUAUACACCAAUCCGGAUACAUGGAUGCAUCAAUAACAUCAAAGUUUAAAGCUCAAGGAACUAUAGCUAUGAAUGGAGAUGAAAAUGAACAAAAGUAAGAAAUUGGUGGCGCCAACGAGGGUUCGACAACAGUGGCGGCGAAUCUGGGUGGUGAGAGUGGUGGCUGCUUGGUAGCUGAACCGGCAGAGGAAUGAAACAAGAACAAAAAG